AUCCCCAACUACCACGUUGGGAGAAUUCUCAUCCUUCUGCGUGACGACGGAAAAUCUCUGCAAUCUCCGGUAAGUUGUCGACGGUAUACGAUCUCCGGCGAAGAUGAACGACGCAGAUGUCUCGAGGCAGAUCCAGCAGAUGGUGAGGUUCAUCCGCCAAGAGGCGGAGGAGAAGGCCAACGAGAUAUCGGUCUCCGCGGAAGAAGAAUUCAAUAUCGAGAAGCUACAGUUGGUUGAGGCGGAGAAGAAAAAGAUCAGGCAGGAGUACGAGAAGAAGGAGAAGCAAGUUGAAGUCCGUAAGAAGAUUGAGUACUCCAUGCAGUUGAAUGCCUCAAGGAUCAAAGUUCUCCAAGCACAGGAUGAUAUAGUCAAUGCCAUGAAAGAUGAUGCAUCAAAGGAGCUUCUGAAUGUGAGCGGUGACGACUAUGCCUACAGCCGACUUCUGAAGGAUCUGGUUGUUCAGUGUUUGCUUCGGUUGAAAGAGCCUUCUGUGUUGUUGCGUUGUCGUGAAGAUGACUUGAGCUUAGUCGAGUCGGUGCUUGACGAUGCAAAGGAUGAAUAUGCUGAUAAAGCCAAGGUCCAUGCUCCAGAGAUCAUUGUGGAUCACCAAGUUUACCUUCCACCUCCUCCUAAGCACCACGAUUCUCAUGGUCUCUACUGUUCCGGGGGCGUUGUGUUGGCAUCUCGUGAUGGGAAAAUCGUGUGUGAGAAUACACUUGACGCGCGUUUGGAUGUAGCCUUCCGCAAGAAACUUCCAGAGAUCCGCAAGUCCUUGUUCGGCCAUGUUGCUGCUUGACGAUGAGAACACACAUAAUUCAAAAGCUCAAACCCAAAAGAGCAUAACAGAGAGUUUCAUCAUCCAUCUAUGGGAGGAGUUAUCUGUAAGAUCCAUUUGUAUUCUGCUAUUCUUUUUCUUUUUAUUAUAUUGAUUUGGGUAAAUUAUAUGUUGGAGCUGCGGGCGCAACCCAUGGUCGCUCUAUUAUAUGUGGUUCUGGGUGUUAAUGGUGAAUGGUGUUUUAUUUAUCAUUGCUAUAGUAAAUGGUAAAUCAUUUCAUA